UGCGUCACAACGAGACAGAAACAGAAAGACGGCGGCUGGUGACACUCAGUCAAGUUUAACUUUGAGGAGACAGUCGUGUUUUUUAGUUUUAUUUGUAAACCAGCCAUGGUUAAACUUGCUUUUAACAGCGCUCUCGGUCAGAAGGAGCUUAAGCAAGGAGAGAAGGAUGAGGCGUUAAUCCCGCAAGAAGGGGAUGUGGAGGAGAUUGUGCGGGUGAGGCAGCAGUCACGGGCCUGGUACUGGUGCAUGUGUCUGGGUCUUGCUCUUAUGCUGUCUGGUGUGGUGGUGGGUGGAGCUUACCUGUACAGACAUAACAUCCUGGAGCUUGUUCCACAGGAGGAGCACACGUAUUUCUGCGGCGUGCACUACCGUGAGGAGGAGUACAUGAUUAGGGACAGCGAGGAAGAGCAGCCCUCGAUGCUGAAGCGCCUAGAUGAACGCAUCCGGAUCCUGGAGGAGGAUGAAGUGGAGCUCAUCAGUGUACCCGUGCCCGAAUUCAGCGACAGUGACCCUGCUGACAUUGUGCACGACUUCCUUCGUCGUGUGACUGCCUAUCUGGAUCUUAGUCUGAAUAAGUGUUACGUCAUUCCUCUGAACACCUCCAUCGUCAUGCGCCCCAAGAACUUUGCUGACCUGGUUGCAAACCUUCAGGCUGGCACCUACCUGCCACAGUCGUACCUGGUGCAUGAGCAGAUGAUUGUGACCGAGAAGGUGGAACAUUUGGAGCAGCUGGGCUAUUUCAUCUACAACAUGUGCAAAGACAGAGAAACUUACAGACUACAGCGCAGAGAGAACAUACUGGGCAUCCAGAAGCGUGAAGCCCUUGACUGCCACAAAAUCCGCCACUUUGAGAACGAGUUUGUGGUGGAGACGCUGAUCUGCGAGCAGUAGAGUGGAGAUUGUCCAGUUCCACUGGAGAGCAGGAAGAUCCCUUACUCUUGCCCUGUCUGUUUUUUUACUAAAGUUUUUCCUGUUUCCUGUGCUCGGUGCUUCUGCUUUCUGUGUUUUUUUGUCUGUACAGCACGACGAUGGAGAUGGAAAGAGGAUGGGACCUGUGUAAAAGAGUAACUGUAGAUUAAGAAGCUUCUCAUCCUUUCCAACUGAACAAGCAAUUUGAUAUUUGGCAUUUUGUACAUAAGGGAUGAUCGAUUUCAUUAGGUUUAGUUCUUUUGGAAAGCAGAUACAUUUUGGUAGCAGGGUUGAAGACUAAAGGAGUGAUUCUGAAAUGAGUUUGAACAUUUAGUUAAAAUCACUUGUCUUUAUUAAAGACCGACUGUGAAGAUUUGUCACAUCAGUUCAUUGUAAUGUACACUGGAACGUGUGUAUCCUGCAAAUGUGUAGGAAAUAAAUCUCUAUAUAUAGUAAUUAAUAAAAUACAAGAACACACAUAUGAAAACAGAUUUUUUGUAUUAGAUAAAUGUUAGGUUAGUUCUUUUAACGGCGUUAUCUGCUCUAUUCAUCCACUCCUGUAACUUUCCUCAUAUACUCGCAUUAAUACAAGUAAUAUACAGGGAAUUUUUAUCUAGACUUAACCAAACUAGAUUUAGAGAAGUAACACAUCAGAAUUUCCUUAUUUCAGUUUCUCAGUUAAUAAGAAAUAAGAUGUAAAUUAAGAGUUCACGUUUUUUAGAACAGAUGUUAUUUUAACUCUGUGUUGAUAAUGUGCAUAAAACAGAUUCACUGUUACCUUGAUGUGCGCUGCUCUGUGCGGCUGCCAGUCACAGUCUCUCUGUUAACACAAUAAAACUUUGACCACUUCUUCA